UCUGUUCCCUCUUCUUGUGAAUUUUUUGUGAAUCAACGUUUACUUUUGCUUUGUGAAACAAAAUUCUUGAAUCGAAAAUGUCUGCUGGUCCUUGUAUUGGUAUUAAUCUUGGAACAACUUAUUCCUGUGUGGUGUUUUUCAACUAAAGAUGAUGGUACAAUUGCUGGUCUUAAUGUUUUGAGAAUCAUUGAUGAACCCACCGCUGCUGCUAUUGCUUACGAUUCGGAUAAGAAAGGUGCUGGUGAGCAAAAUAUCCUAAUCUUUGAUCUUGGUGGUGGUACUUUUGAUUUAUCCUUCUUAACAAUUGAUGAUGAUAUUUUUGAGGUUAAAUCAACCGCCGGUGACACUCAUCUGGGUGUUGAAGUGAGAACUACUUGUGAACAAGCCAAGAGAACUCUCUUUUCCUCAAUCCAAGCAAGUAUCGAGAUUGACUCUGCUCAUGAGGGUAUUGACUUUUAUUCCACAAUCAGUGUUCGAUUUGAUCUUUUCCGAUCAACAUUGGACCCUGUUGUAAAGGCUCUUCGAGAUGGAAGAGCCUAACGCUAAAAUCGCCAAGAUGAUAAGAUCAAGAUGAUACGACGAAAGUUCUUAACAAGGUCGAUGAAGUAAUCAAAUGGCUGGACAGCAAUCAACUUGCCGAAAAGGAAGAAUU